AGAAGGUCCAACACAAUUAGAAAAUGGUUUCGAGGAUCACCAGAAAGGCUCUCACAAAAUCCUCAAAAAAAAGCCCCAAAACAGCCCGCCGGUGGCCUAAAAAGUCAUCCCCUUCCCCUCUGAAAUCCUUUUCCUCAGCUGCCACCUCAUUCAAUCGAUCCCUUUCUUCCUGCCGCCGGCAUCUCUUCAAGAUCUUUGCCUGUUUCACCGUUUUCCACACACCUAAUAAGCGAAAACAAGGCUUUCACCGCCUCGUUCCAGCCCACAUUGACACAAAGGACAUCAGUUCUCUGCUUUCUGCACCCUUUCUUCCUCCUCCCACAUUUCCCAGGAGGAAAACAGUUUUCUUUGAUCUUGAUGAAACACUAAUCCACUCUUGCACUGGGAUCCCGCCUGAGCGCUAUGACUUCACCAUUCAUCCGGUGAUUGAUGGUAAAGAGAUUACUUUUUACGUCUUAAAGAGACCAGGCACGGACGAGCUCCUCCGCGUCGCAUCAGAGGUAUACGAAGUUGUCAUCUUCACCGCCGGACUUAGAGAAUACGCGUCCCUCGUCCUGGAACGGCUCGAUCCCAACAAUAAGUUGAUAUCCCACCGGCUUUAUAGGGACUCGUGCCGGGAGAUGGAGGUGGGCAAGCUAGUGAAGGAUCUCUCUGGUCUUGGCAGAGAUAUGGGCAAAGUUGUGAUAGUUGAUGACAAUCCUGCAAGCUUUUCACUUCAGAAGGAGAACGCUAUUCCAGUUUCCCCCUUCAUCAACGAUCUCGAUGACCGGGAACUCAGGGAGGUGAUGAAGUUUUUGAAUUUCGCAGCUAAUUUUGAGGACACGAGAGAAGCUGUGGCUCUGUAUCUCUCGGGAUGGUGGAAAAGUGAGUCAUAAAUCAGUGAUUUGGGGGUUUUUUUUAAUGAUUAUUUCUUAGAGUUUGUGAACGAGUUAGUAGAAGGUUGCAUAGCUUCUUUUUCAACCGAAGAAGGAGAGCUUUGACACUCCGAAAGUUAUUUUUCUGUUCUUAUUCGUUGAUUCUUCCAUGUAGUUGUUCUACGGCGAGGAAUUUGGGCAAUGUUAAAUUAAUUUGAAGGAAACUAGUUCCUUUUAAAGGCUGAAUCUGAUUCAUUGAAACAAGGAAGUUAU